AUGCCAGAUUAUUUUUUAGAUAUUCAAGAUAUGGAUUCGUUACCAUUUAAGCUAAAGGGUUGGAGUUAUGAUGACCUGCAAGAUGAAUUGAAUAAUAUAUAUAACGACGCGGAGCCAAUACCUUCCGAGCCGGAGUCUGUAUUUAGUGAGUCGGAAGAUGAAGAUGGCCAAAUACUGUUGGACCAAACUACACCUGCUUUGAAUUUUACUGAUUCUGAUACUGAUCCAGAAGAUAACGUGCCAUUAUCUAUUUUAGCAACUAAUCUGCUUCCUGUACCACCCGUAAACUCUAACGACUGGUCUAAGCUUGUUGAACCAGUACCCCCCUCAAACUUUACGUCAGAGUCCGGAAUUAAACCUGUUGUGAGAGAAAUGGUUGAUCCUACUCCGUACAAACUUUUCAAGUUAUUUUUUAAUGAUGGUCUGCUUGACCACAUAGUAUUCCAGACAAAUUUGUACGCACAGCAGUCUUUCAGCAAACAAAAACUUACCGAAAUCUCAGAAAUAAAAACCUUUCUAGGCAUAAAUUUAUUAAUGGGAAUUAAACGAUUACCGAGCUAUAGGGACUACUGGAGUACUUCUCCUGAUAUAAAUGAUGCUUACAUAAGUGGAUUGAUGCCUGUGAAGCGCUUUAGUUGGCUCCUUUCGAACUUUCAUCUCAAUAAUAACGUGCUAAUGCCUAAAAAGGGAGAAGCCCACUACGAUAAAUUGUACAAAGUGCGACCAUUAUUGAUUGCGUUAGCUGAGAAUUUUGAAAGGUGUAUGGCUCCAAGUAGAGAACUUGUAAUAGACGAGUCAAUGAUAAAAUUCAAAGGGAGAAGCUCGCUCAAACAGUACAUGCCCAAAAAACCUAUUAAACGAGGAUACAAGGUAUGGAUUUUAGCGAAUAAAACCGAAUAUAGCCGAAAAACAAUUAGGUGCCAGAGUUAUUAA